AUGGUUAUCGCAGACCAUCAGCUAUCAGCAAUCCAUGAGCUGGAACCAGCCACUGAGCAACCUCUUUGCGAGGCCUGGAAUGAUGACUCUCCACCGCCACCACCGCCCCGUCCUCCGCGCCGCACCUUGACUGGAAGCUGUGGAGGGUUUUGGGACAAGUUUCGUUGCUCUUUUGCCUCUGAUGCACGUGUCAACUCGGAGGAAGAAACUGGUGUGCAAUCCUUCACCAGCCGUACAGAGAUCGCCCCGGAAAGCUCACCUGACUCCACAGUGGGCUCCGAUGCUCGUUCCGUACGCAGCAAUGGGCGGUUGGGCCUCGCCGAUCGCGUGGUGAGAAAGCAUCAAAAGAAUUACUUGCAAGCGAGGCUGCAUGUGGUUACAUUUCUCGAGAGCAAUGGCUUCAAAGAGAUUGAUGUAAAUUGCAAGAAAUCAAAAUCAUUUGGCCUUAUCCGUACCUAUCCUCUCCAUGAGGCCACUAAACAGGAGAACGCGUACGUGGUCUUUUGGCUCCUCUACUUGGGAGCCGAUCCGUUCUUGAAAGACUCCUCAGGCCGUACUGCGAUUGAUUAUGUCAACCCUUUGACAACCGAUCCGCAGGUGAUCCGGGUUUUCCAGAACCUACAUAUACAGCGGCAAUUUCAGAGGAUCUGGCCGCCACCAGGCUUAGAUGACCUUCUCCUGGAGCGGCAGAUAGAUCCUUUGGCAAAUUCGGACGGUCGAUGA